UCUGUUUUGGUUUUCUGUUGUUGUUUGGCUUCACAAAUUGUGUGAAGAAAGUAGAAACGGAUUUAUCCAUAAAAGAAUUAAAAAUAAAUUUUGCAAAUAAAAAUAGUUUUUCAGUUUCCAAAAAAAAAAAACUAAAAAUAUAAAAAAUUAAUACAAAAACGAAAUAAAAAUGUGUUAAAGUUGUCUGAAAGAUAAAACAAGCGUCAAGAAAAACAAUACUUUAUUUUCGGUUUUUAGUUUAUAGUCAUAAAUAAUAAUUAAGUAAAUAGUUUGUGAGUUGCUGCGCAUUCUUAUUGCAAACAAAAAAAAUUAAAUAAAAUUGAGACGAGUAAAUUGGAAAAACGCCUAACACAAAAUUUAAAAUUUUGCCAAAAUGUCUUAUGAAGAUUUAAGAAGCAAUGUUAAUAUGGAAAACAACUACAAUAACUCAAACGGAAGCGGAAAUGAAAAUUUAAAUCAUGAACGACGACAAGUGCAUUUGUGGUGGGGUCAACGUUUGUGGCAAGAAUUACGUGGACGCAUACAUAUGCGUACACCACCGCUGACAACACCCUGCGAUGAUGUUAGGACACCAUCGUCCGCUAACUUAGAUGAUGGCGAAAAACGUGUAAUUUUUAUUAAUCGGCCGCAAAUACAAAAAUUCUGCAAUAAUCAUAUUUCAACGGCAAAAUAUAGUUUUAUAAGUUUUCUACCAUCGUUCCUAUUCGAGCAAUUUCGUCGUUAUUCAAAUUGCUUUUUCUUACUUAUUGCUUUGCUGCAGCAGAUACCCGAUGUAUCGCCCACGGGUCGUUAUACCACUUUAGUGCCAUUGAUUUUCAUUUUAUCGGUGAGUGGCAUUAAGGAAAUCGUAGAAGAUUAUAAAAGACAUCGGGCCGAUAAUGAAAUUAAUCAUAGAACGGUGGAGAAACUAAAAGAUGGUGCCUGGACGACAGUACGCUGGGAAGAGUUGUCUGUGGGUGAUAUAGUAAAAAUUCCAAAUAAUACAUUUUUCCCAGCCGAUUUGAUAAUAAUGUCAUCUAGUGAGCCUCAGGCCAUGUGCUUUAUAGAGACCUCAAAUUUGGAUGGUGAAACAAAUUUGAAAAUUAGACAAGGUGUGCCGGCAACAGCCAAAUUAUUGGAAACUAAAGAUUUGAUAGAACUAAAGGGGGUGGUGGAAUGUGAGCUGCCCAAUAGAUUGUUGUAUGAAUUUAAUGGUGUUUUAAAGGAGCAUGAUAAACCAGCGGUUUCUUUGGGACCCGAUCAGAUUUUACAAAGAGGCGCUGUUUUACGUAACACCUCAUGGAUAUUUGGCAUUGUAGUUUAUACGGGACACGAUACAAAACUUAUGAAAAAUUCUACCUCUGCUCCCCUAAAGCGUUCCACUGUAGAUCGCCUGACCAAUACCCAGAUAUUAAUGUUAUUUAUGAUAUUAUUGGUGCUUUGUUUAACAAGUGCCAUCUUCAAUUUCAUCUGGACCCGCAAUUAUUUUGUCUCCGAUUGGUAUUUGGGUUUGGAUGAUUUUAAAAGUAAAAACUUUGGCUAUAAUCUCUUAACAUUUUUUAUAUUAUUCAACAAUUUGAUACCCAUCUCCCUGCAAGUAACCCUAGAAUUGGUGAGAUUUCUGCAGGCUCAGUUUAUCAACUGUGACAUACAAAUGUAUCAUGUAGAAUCAAAUACUCCUGCAAUGGCUCGUACAUCUAAUCUAAAUGAAGAAUUGGGCAUGGUCAAGUAUAUAUUUUCCGAUAAAACCGGUACCUUGACACGCAAUGAAAUGGUUUUUAAAAAAUGUUCUAUAGCUCGUCAAAUGUAUCAGACCGAAAAUACUCCCGAACAAAGUUUAGUUGUUCAGCAUUUGUUAAGUAAACAUCAAAGUGCGAAUAUUAUAAAAGAGUUUCUGGUUUUACUGUCGGUAUGCCAUACCGUUAUACCAGAGAAAAAUCCUGAUGGUUCGAUAACCUAUCACGCUGCCAGUCCUGAUGAACGUGCUUUGGUAGAUGGUGCCAAACAAUAUGGUUUUGUUUUUGACACUCGCACUCCUCAUUAUGUCGAGAUUAAUGCUUUGGGCACUCGAGAACGUUAUGAAAUACUCAAUGUUUUAGAAUUCACCUCGACCCGUAAACGCAUGUCGGUAAUUGUUCGUACUCCCGAGGGAAAUAUAAAAUUAUAUUGCAAAGGUGCCGAUAGUGUUAUCUAUGAGCGUUUGGCCCAAGAAGGUCAAUCGUUUAGAGAUGUUACUCUCAGCCAUCUGGAAGAAUUUGCUGCAGAAGGUCUACGUACUCUAUGUUGUGCCGUAUCGAAUAUUCCCGAUGAUGUCUACAGCGAUUGGCAGGCUACUUAUCAUAAGGCUUCGACGGCUGUAAAUGAACGUGAAAGAAAAGUAGAUGAAGCAGCCAAUUUAAUAGAAAAUAAUCUACACCUAUUGGGAGCCACCGCUAUUGAGGAUAAACUUCAAGAGGGUGUGCCUGAAACAAUAGCAUCUCUGUUGGAUGCAGGCAUCUAUAUAUGGGUAUUAACGGGUGACAAACAAGAAACCGCCAUUAAUAUUGGCCACUCCUGCAAACUGAUAUCACCCAAUAUGGAUAUCAUAAUACUAAAUGAAGAAAGCUUGGACACCACACGAGAAGUUAUACAUCGACAUUCGAGUGAAUUGCAAACCUCCAUUAAUAAAAACUGUAAUGUAGCCCUAAUCAUAGACGGCAAGACACUUAAAUAUGCUUUAAGCUGUGAUUUACGACGUGAAUUUCAAGAACUUUGCACCGGCUGUCGUGUGGUCAUUUGCUGUCGUGUGUCUCCUAUACAAAAAGCCGAAGUUGUAGAACUAGUCACUUCUAGCACUAAAGCCGUUACUCUGGCCAUUGGUGAUGGUGCCAACGAUGUGGCCAUGAUACAAAAAGCCAACGUAGGCGUUGGUAUUUCGGGAGUCGAAGGUUUACAAGCUGCCUGCGCUUCAGAUUAUUCCAUAGGACAAUUUCGUUUCUUGAAACGUUUACUUCUUGUCCAUGGAGCUUGGAAUUAUAGACGUAUUACCAAACUUAUUUUAUAUUCAUUUUAUAAAAAUGUCUGUCUUUAUGUUAUAGAAUUGUGGUUUGCCAUUUACUCCGGCUGGUCAGGACAAAUAUUAUUCGAACGUUGGACUAUCGGCUUAUACAACGUUGUAUUUACCGCCUUACCUCCUUUCGCCAUUGGUAUCUUUGAAAAGGUAUGUUCAGCUGAAACUAUGUUAAAAUAUCCCUUCCUCUAUAAGCCCUCACAAAGUGCAAAACUUUUCAAUGUACAAGUUUUCUGGGUGUGGAUCAUCAAUGCUUUGCUGCAUUCAGUCAUUCUAUUCUGGUUGCCACUGGGUGCCCUACAAUCCGAAAUUAUCUGGUCCAGCGGCAAAAUAUCCGAUUAUCUCUUAUUAGGCAAUUUUGUUUACACCUAUGUGGUGGUUACCGUCUGUUUGAAAGCUGGUCUUUCUACCAAUUCUUGGACUUGGCUAACUCACUGCUCCAUAUGGGGUUCCAUAGGUCUUUGGUUUAUUUUUAUUGUAAUAUAUUCCAAUUUCUGGCCGGUACUACCGGUGGCAGCUAACUUUUUGGGCAUGGAAAGAAUGAUAUUUACCACACCCGUCUUUUGGUUUGGCUUAUUGUUAGUACCUAUUACUACACUACUAGUCGAUGUUAUCUUUAAACUUGUACAAAAUACCGUAUUCAAAUCACUUACCGAGGCCGUACGGGAAUCCGAAAUACGUAAACAUGAUCCCGAUGAUGUUAUGAAUGAGACACGAUCAUCGUUUACCGAAACAGCUCGCCUAUUGCGUAGUGUUUUCAUAAGACGUGCCAAUACCCGGGUUGAUACCGAUGUUGAACUAUCACACGGUUAUGCAUUCUCACAAGAGGAAGGCGGCGCUGUAUCACAAUCUGAUAUUAUACGAUCUUAUGAUACGAACAAACAAAAACCACGUGGUAACUAGAAUAGUAAACAGUAUUGGGCAAGACAAAGAUUUUAAUAUAAAUAAAAAAAAAAAUAAUUAUAUACAUACAUAAAGUAUCUACUUACUACGUACAUAUACAUACAAAUAUUUACUUGAAUAUCAUAUAAAUAUCAUACAUAAUACAUAUAAAAUAAAUUCGGUAGAUUUUUUUAUUAACUUUUCAAGAAAACACCUUAGUCAAACAGCUGUUAAAGGGAGAUAGAUAGAUAAUAAAUAUUUGGCCUUUUGAAAAAAAUGUCUGCUUUUAGUAGUCUCACUUUCAUUUUACUAGAUUGCAGUUAAACUAUAAAUAGUACAAACUAUAGCCGUUCUAACGACAAUUGGAUCUUCGCUCAGAAACGACCCGAGUCGUACUCGGCCAAAGAUUGUCAAGCCAGCGACAGCUGUAUAGAUUAGUUUAUAAAACUAGACUAUUAACUAGGAUAUAAACUAAACUAUAGUCAAGACUAGAUAAAAGAAUGGUUUACAGACUAAACUAUAAACUAGAUUAGGCUAAAGAUUAGACCAUAGUCUAGUUUUGUAUAUAUGCUAGUUUAUAGUAUAAUUUAUAAUCUUAUCUAUAGUAUUGAUUGUACUUUUGCCUUUUCUAUACUAUAGACUAGAAUAUAUACUAUUGAAUAGUCUAUAUAAUAGACUAUAGACAAAAUUAUAGUCAGUGCAAUAUUAAAGUCAAAACUAAAUAAUUGUCUAUAAUACAAUCGAUAGUUUAGUUUUUAAUAUAUUCAGAGCGGGUUUCAUACUACAUCCUUAGUUAAAGUAGGCUUAACUUGCUGUUAGAUUAAACUUGAAACAAAUUUUGACGGACUUUAACUGAUAAUUGUGUUUUUCAAUUAUGAAUUUAAGUUCAGUUAACUUUGUUAGUAUUGCCAACUUUUCAAUUAAAA